AACGCGACACACCCAAGCAGCUCCAACCGACGCCAUUAUUGCGACGCCGAAAAAAUGGAACAAGAUGGAAAAAUACCAUGUUGUGCAUAGUGACAGGGGGUUCUUAAUAUCACUCCUCUAAUCCCACGCUUCUCUCUUAAUUUGUGUGAAGUGUCUAACUAAUCUUUCCGUAAGUGAAUUUCAUCCAUCAUUGCUUCUUAACCUGCUACAUACAGGUAAGCCUUUAUUUAUUAUGCUCGUUAGGCAUACAGAGCGCAUUAUACUGUAUACCUAAGCAAAAAUUGGUGUUAGUCUUGAAAUUGCUAUACCCAAUCAUCAUAAAAGUACACCAUACCUAUUGUACAUAGGUACGCUAUAAAAUAUCGUUUCUUGCGCCUUCCGCCAUCUUGUUAUGCACGCUCAACGCACGCCAACGUCCACGCCGCAUCUUGUGCACCGUGUGUUUAUAUAAUACCUAUUACUUCGAAAUUGAAUGUUUAGCACGGAUUGAAAUUGCUGAUAACCUUUCGUGCACAAAUUAAUAAAGUGCCGACACUUGCGUUUCCCCUAAUUUGGCUUGGCGUGGGUAAACAUUUGCUUAGGUCCAUACCUGCCUUAUUCAUUGGUGGCGCUAUUUUUCUUUAAAAAUGUCAACUUCUACGGAUAAAUCUGAUGCUUCCAAUUCUAAUAAUUCGCAACUCAAGGACUUGAUUACCAUUAGAGGUACUAAAAAAGGAGCUUUAACUAAAUUUAAAACCUACGUCACCCCUCUUCAUACCAUCCCUGUGGACACGCUUUCAAGUUUACAAAUAAAGGAAUUAAAAAUUAGAUUGUCAAAAAUAGAACAUUUAUUUGGUGAGUUUGAUGAGAUACAAACAAAAAUAGAACUCUUGACUGACAAUGCGACUCAUCACCAGGAAAGAGACUUAUUUGAGGCUCAGUACUAUCACACUCUUGCUGUGGCUCAGGAUAUUCUUGAAUCACAUACUAAGUUGUGUGAUGACAAAAUCAGUGACUGCAGCCAACCAUCAGCUCCUACUGUUGCUUGUGGUAAAUUAAACAACAUUAAACUGCCAACUAUAGCUUUGCCUAAAUUUGAUGGGAAUUACAUAAAAUGGCUUGAGUUUAAAGAUACUUUUGAUUCCCUAAUUAAUUCAAAUGAUUCCAUUUCAAGUAUUAAUAAAUUUCAUUAUCUGAGAGCGUGUUUGGAGGGAAAUGCUGCUGUUGUUAUUAAAUCUCUUGAGUUCACAUCAAAUAAUUAUCAAGUAGCUUGGGAUCUCCUUUGUCAACGUUUCGAUAACAAAAAGAUCUUAAUUAAUAAUCACUUAAAGGCAAUUUUUAAUAUUGAAUCUCUUACUCGUGAAUCACACAAGUCACUUAGAUUUAUAAUAGAUCACAUGUCUAAAAACCUAAGAGCCCUUGAUAGUUUGGGAUUGCCAACUAAUCAAUGGGAUGUAUUAAUUAUUUACAUCAUGUCAACAAAGAUUGAUCCCAUUACAUUAAGAAAAUGGGAAGAAUCGAGAAACAAUGCUUGCAGUGACUUGCCUACUUUAUCAGACUUUAUUCAAUUCUUGCGCAAUCAGGCAGACAUUCUUGAAACCAUGUUUGUUAAUAAGAGUGAUAAACCAUCAACAUUUCAUAAAGAUAAAAAAUCUGAGAAUGACAAAAGAGACUCAUUUCAGUUUAAAGAAAAAAAUUUGCUCACUUCUAAUAAAUCUAGUACUUCAGCGACAUGUGCAUUCUGUAACAAAGCUCAUAGAUUGAUAGAAUGUAGUGAUUUCAACACUUUAUCUCCUGAGGGCAGGUUAAGUGAAGCCUUAAAACUUAAACUUUGCUUAAACUGCCUUCGUAAAGGCCAUACUGUCAAUGAUUGUAGGUUGACAGGUACUUGUAGAAUUUGUAAACAAAAACAUAAUACACUCAUACACACAAAUUCUUCACCUGUGACUUUAUCUGCACAGUCAUCCAAUCAGGUUCUAUUAGGCACUGUUAUACUGAAUGUUACUAAUCCCAAAACAAAAACUUCCUACCGCGCUAGAGCGAUUCUUGAUGCUGGCAGCCAAUCUUCAUUCUUAACUCUUAAUUUAAAACAUAAAUUAGGUCUAACCUGUCAGAAUGUCAGUGCAAACAUAACUGGAAUAAAUAAUGAACCAUUAUGCAUAUCUGAAAUUUGCAAAUUAACAAUAAAUUCAUUAGUCAGUCCAUUCAAUGCUAGUCUUUCAUGUUUAGUGAUGCCUCAAAUUACUGGUCACUUACCUAAUGCAUUAGUGGAUCCUUCACUACUUAAUUUACCUAAAAAUAUUUGUUUGGCAGAUCCUAAAUUUUAUCAGCCAUCUGAAGUUGACAUGCUUUUGGGUGCAGAGAUUUUCUUUGACAUCAUAUCUCCUAAUCAAAUCAAGUUAGGACCUGGCUUGCCUGUCCUUCAGGAUUCCAAGCUUGGAUGGUUUAUUGCAGGUCCACUCAAUUAUAACUUGAACCUUAAUAUUUCACAUAACUCUAAUAAGAAAAUACAUUGUAACUUCACGAAGGAAAUAAGUGAUAAAUUGUCUCAGUUUUGGAACCUUGAAGAAGUACAACUUUCUAAACCGCCUAUGUCUGCUAAUGAUGAAUACUGUGAACAACACUUCCUCAACACCACUAAACGUUUAGAAAAUGGAAGAUUUUCAGUCAUGAUACCAUUUUCUGAAAACCCUGAAGCCGCUUUAGGCAAUUCAUUUAAUAUAGCAAAACGGCAGUUCCUAAACUUAGAAAAAAGAUUAAAUAAAAAUCCCAACCUUAAGGAACAAUAUAUUAACUUCAUUGAAGAGUACAAAGAUCUUGGUCACUUAACAAAAAUUAAAACUCCUCAUUUUGGCUACUUUAUGCCACACCACCCGGUCAUUAGGGACUCUAGUGAAACUACCCGCCUCCGAGUGGUCUUUAAUGCUUCUAUGAAAACAAGUUCAAAUCGAUCCUUAAAUGACAUCCAGCUUGUAGGGCCUGUUGUACAAGAUGAUCUCUUCAACAUUUUAAUUCGCUUUCGUCAACAUCAAUAUGUACUUAGUGGUGACAUCACUAAACAUUAUAGACAAAUUAACAUUGAUGAAUCACAAAGACAUCUACAACUCAUCUUAUGGCGCAAUGAUGAAGAUUCUUCAGAGGAUCUGAAGAGUCCGAGGCCACUCGACACACUACAACUUAACACAGUGACAUAUGGGACAGCUUCAGCUCCUUUCUUAAGUACUAGAUGUUUAAUUCAAUUGGCUAAUGAGUGCCCCGAUCAAAUGGUCUCAGAAGUAAUUAAAAAGGAUUUUUAUGUUGAUGACCUCCUUACUGGGGCAUCUAACGAACUUGAUUUAAAACAUAUUUAUGAAAAUGUUACUAAAACAUUAGCUUCUGCAUGUUUUCCUAUACGCAAAUUUCGCACUAAUUGUCCUCAAAUCUUCUCAGAACAAACUGAAACUCAAUCAUUAGAUUUUAGUAAAGAAUCCAGUGUCCUGGGUGUUCUGUGGGCACCCAACACUGAUACCCUUAGAUUUUCUAUCAACUUAGACUUUGAAAAAACGACAAUAACAAAACGACUCAUGCUAUCAAACACUUGCAAAAUUUUUGACCCACUAGGCCUUCUGAGCGCUUGCACUAUUACUUUAAAAAUUUUACUUCAAGACAUAUGGCAAUUAAAGCUUGAAUGGGAUGACCCGGUUCCUUCCAACAUAAUAAAAAAAUGGGAAUCUCUAACAAGACAACUAAACUCUUUACUUUCUUUGUCAAUUCCUAGGUUUGCACUGUGCUCUUUACCAGUUUCAACUGAGAUACACUGCUUCGUAGAUGCUUCUCAAAGCGCGUACGCUGCAUGUGUAUACCUCCGUUCCACUGAUGCUAAUAAUGUCAUAACUAUUCAUUUAUUGUCUUCCAAAACUAGGGUCGCGCCUCUCAAAUCUGUCACCAUCCCACGGCUUGAACUCUGUGCAGCUCUAUUGGGCUCACGUUUAGUUUCAAAAAUUUGUAAUGCGCUUCGUUGUAAAAUAAAAACAAAAAUUUAUUGGUCUGAUUCAACAAUCACCUUAGGUUGGAUUAGAACACAACCUAAACUUUUGAAAGCCUUUGUCUGUAACCGUAUCAAUGAAAUACAUGAUUUAACAGAACGCGACUCAUGGAGAUAUGUCCCUACAGACCUCAACCCAGCUGACAUGGCGUCAAGGGGUGUCGAACCAACUGUUCUUGUAAAUUCAUCAUUCUGGUGGCAUGGUCCCACAUUUCUCUUAAAACAUAAUUCUGAAUGGCCACAAUUUCCUAACACGAUUGUGAAUUUGCCAGAGCUUAAAGUUCAUCUUGUUCAAGAUGAGAAUGAUUCAUCUAUUGAUUUGAUAAAAUUUGAAAAUUAUUCAAAUGCUUCAAAAUUAAAAAGGAUUUUUGCAUAUGUGUUUCGUUUCAUAAAUAACUGUAUUAAAAUAAAACAAAAACUUUAUGGUCCUUUAGAAGAACACGAACUUAAAACAUCUCUUAAUUAUCUUAUUAAAACAUCACAAAGCCAAUCCUUUCCAUCUGAAAUAAAACUAUUGAGUCAAGGUAAAUCUUUAAAUCCAAAAUCUCAUAUUUUACAAUUGACUCCAUUCAUUGAUCCCACAGGUGUACUGAGAGUUGGUGGUAGACUAGAAAACACAUCUCUCAAUUAUGACAAAAGACAUCCAGCGUUACUGGAUAGCAAGCAUCAUUUUACAAAAAUUUUAAUGUCAGACGAACACCAAAGACUCUUUCAUGCUGGUCCGCAACAACUUCUUAGUUCAUUUAGAGAACAAUUUUGGCCCAUUGGUGGGAGAAUUUUAUCUAGGAGCACUGUUCGUAAGUGCAUUAUAUGUACCAGACUUAAAGGUAAAACAAUGGAACCAUUACUUGGGAACUUGCCUGCAUGUAGGGUUUCUCGAUUCUAUCCAUUUCAAACAUGCGGUGCUGACUUCGCUGGUCCUUUUCUAAUUUCUAGUAAAAAGGGCCGUGGUAAUAAAAUUUCAAAGUGUUAUCUUUGUUUGUUUAUUUGCUUUUCGACUAAGGCUGUUCAUCUUGAAGUAGUGAGCGAACUCAGCACGCAGGCCUUUAUAUUACGUCUUAAACGCUUCAUAGCAAGGAGAAGCAAACCACAUGUAAUACAUUGUGACAAUGGAAAAAAUUUUGUAGGCGCCAAUAAUGAAUUGGGCCGGGUAUUAAGGACAAGUCUCCGAUCCAUUAAAGAGUACACUGCCAAUGAAGGCAUAAAAUUUUCACAUAUAGCUCCAUACUCCCCAACACUAGGCGGACUAUGGGAAUCAAACGUUAAAUCUUCUAAGUAUCUUCUUAAACGCAUAGUAGGGAAUUCCACUUUUACUUUCGAAGAGUUAAGCACACUUUUCACACAAAUAGAGUCCAUCCUCAACUCCAGACCUCUUAUCCCAUUAUCCUCUGAUCCCUCUGACCUUUCCCCUUUAACACCGGGGCAUUUUCUCGUGGGGCGUCCACUGACUUCACUACCAGAGCCACCCUGCGAGAACAUCAAGGGCGGACAUCACAACCGCUACAAACUAAUAGAGACAUGUCGCCAACAGUUUUGGAAUCGUUGGUCAAAGGAAUAUUUGGCAGAAAUGCAACAAAGGAACAAGAAUAAAAUUCGUAACAGGGAAUUAAAAGUCGGAGACAUGGUGGUUUUCAAAGAGCCACUUCCACCCCUCAAGUGGAGGAUGGGAAGGGUGUGUCGCUUAUAUCCCGGCACAGACAAAGUAUGUCGUGUAGCAGACUUCAUAACUCAACGUGGCAUCGAGCGCAGAGCCCUCAAUAGGGUCUGUCUGCUUCCAACAGAUGGAUGGGACUGCUUAAAGGAAGCCUCCAGCUCCUUUAAGGGGGGGCAGGAUGCUAAGGCCCCAUCACUAUAAACGGGGCGGGGGGCGCGCGCGGGGAAACACCGGCUGAGACGCGCGCGCCAUAUUCCCCUCCAACGAGUCGGUAAAAAGGAUUCAGUACGCGCGCGUGAGUGCUUGAUUAAAAAUCAAUUUUUCUAUUUGGAUGCGCGAAAGC